AUGGGAUCACCGUACGAUAUAUUCGGCGUUGUCUCUGGCAUCAUCGGUAUUCUUGCGCUUGUUCUUGCUUUCCUCCAAUCGCAAUCUCCAUCCCGCAAAAUGAAAUAUCUGGAUGAGGUCUUGCAUGACGCCGAAUCACUGUGGCACAAAGCUAUGGAAGAAGGUUUGUUCGCUCGGACGCCCUUGUAUGUUCUGCACACGGAGUCGCAGCUUACCAUGGCCCGCUCCCAGACGGAGCUACUACGAGCGCAGACCUACUGCGCUAGGACAUUUUGCCAGCUGUUCAUGGCAACGGUAAGAGGACUGUCAUCAAAAAUAUCUUCCAGGUCCAAACAUGUGGAGGAGAUUCGUGCUCGAAUUGCGACAACAAGUGCGCAGGUAAGAAUCAGGCUCCACCUUGAAGGAAAUCUUCCUUCACCUCAGGAUAUAGCCGAAUUCUUGGGUUCAGCAGCGGAGCCGAUCCGCGGCGACAAUCAAGUUAUCUCGUCCCCGGAUAAGAUACCCACCAGCAAUGUCCCAACACACGAACAACACACGAAGCUCGCUCGGCUCAGAAUCCCCAGUCUAUGGUCGUCCUCAGGAAAGGCCGGAGAUUCUGACAUCACGCUCGUAUCAUCUGCGGUGUCUCAGGGUGAACGCAUAGUGGCAGAAGCAAGCUUAUCCGAUGGAUCUUCUGCUGACAGUAAUGCUGAAAACCACAGCGAAGGUGGACCCGUCCAUGGUUACUCGAGCCAGAACGCUUGCAUAACGACCUCCCCUGAGAAACUCCAACCCUCCCCUCCUGGACCUCGUGGUACUACGUACAAGACCGUAUGCCGUGUUGUGAAGAAGCUUUCUCCUGGGCGUCGUGCUCGCGUCGACGUCCUUUCUAUCUGGGCUGUGCGUGCUCCCCAGCGGAUGCCUUCUGGUAACGAUAACCGCAAGUGUUCGUGCAAUGUUCACUCUUGCCGACAGAAUGUCAUCGAACCUUGGGUUGCUGGGGACGAAGCCACGGAAGAUAUGUAUACAUCUGGUGGCCAGGUCAAGGAAGUCACCGUCAACUCGGAGGUCUGA